AUGAAAUUGGCUGGUAUUUACAGGGAGGGCGACGGAAGGACUGAUGACGAAGUUUCCUUGUAUGAGGAGAGCACAUGGUUGGAGGCUUGUUCAAGAAUUUUGUUACACCGUCCCAGGCGUGGUGUAAUCAAUGCAGCCGAACUCACGGCCCUACGGGAGAUCGUCGAGCAUCUAGAAGACGUUGAUCCGGAGAACAAAUUUGCCCCCAUGUCAAAUCUUAUCUGUCAAAAGAGUGUGGGUCGGACGAUGUCAGAAUUGUUGAAGAUGUUGGAGGACGCGGAUGGCUGUGAUGAUGAGUCAGGUUAUGAGCCUUUGGAAGUUGUUGAUUACAGACCCCUGACCUCUGUCGAGUGCACGAGUCUUCGGGGUACUGUCUCCAGAGAAUGGUUAUCGGUUCUGCCAGAAUCAUCCCACGAGGAUGUGGAAGCCGGCCUGGGUUGGGGUGCGACGCGAUGUCACCUGACCCGGUGUCGCCUAGCACUCGCUGCGGGUACCCUUCUAACAGUCGGGCUAGGGUUGGCAUGCUUGAUGUUGAGGGGGAUUGGUCACUCAAAGGUUCUGGAAGUGAGAGAUUCUCCCCGGACUUCUCCCCGGACUCAGCCCCCCACGACCACUGAGAGACCGGGUCCUUUCAAGGUCAAGAUGAGCAGACGGGCGCUGGCUUGGACAAUGAACAGUAAUGAGACCGAAUGCCGUGAAGCGUUCAAUUCAGUUAGUUACAGGGACGGCAGUUGGCCGGUUUUGACGUUAGAAGUGGGGUCGUAUCCGUGUGGUGGUGGCAGUGGACAAUUGUUGUGUGCCGCUGGUGACGCUUUAACUGACGACAUUGGCGGCACCUGCCACCACUUCGGGGGUCCAGCGUAUGAUGUUUUUGAGGUGAAGGAUGCGAUUAGACGUAUUUUACAUACGAACGAAAACUGCGUUGUACGUUGCGACGAUGAAGAAGCAAAGGUACGUAAUAUGUGGCAAGAAGUACAGAAGCUGGCAAAGAUUCCUAUCUACCCGAACUCAGGCUUCCUUUAUUUUACGCAAACGCCAGCGGUUCCCAAUAUGGCAGAUUUCCAGAUGAUGCUGCAGCCUCGCUAUCCCGUCGAAAAGAGUUGUUCAGGGUCGUGUGUUGACUGUAAUAAUAUGUUCACCGGUCCUGAAGAAAACCGUGUUCCCUCAUGUUAUUGUAAUUUAGUAAAUAUUACAUGUCUUGUACGUCCUGAGACUGAACAGGUGGCCCAAUGGAUCGACCAUAUCGGGUUAUACACAACCUUACAACAGGCGUUUGAAGGAAUGUCUCCUUUCAAUACCGAGGACGAGAUCUUUGAUGUUCGGGAAUGCGUAUAUAAAUGUCAUCAUCCGGUACCGGAGCUCCGUAAUAAAGAUUAUAUUUUGGAGAGGGAGCUCGCAGGUCCUGACGAUCCCCUCAUUUGGAGACUGUCUAGACUCGAGUUGAGAAAGCUUCAGCUCUUUUUGGAACAGUGCCACAACCAUUCUGGCACCCUACAAAGUGGAUGGAUAUCUUUGCAAUGGAAGAUGCGGUACGACAUCAUCUCCACGGAAUUGAUGGGUGUAAAGUGCGAUCCAAAGAGAACAGUAGCUCUUGAUUUGUCAAGGCAAGCUAAAACUCGUUUGUGGAAAGAAUCUGAUAUAGAACAGAAAAAUGAAUUAGCAAGAAUGGAUUUCCUAAAUGCUCUGAUGACUGAGUACCCUGCUGAUAAAGAAUGUUCAUCGAUCUGUUAUCCUGACCAAGGCAAUUGUAAUAUUCCCAACUGUCUCUGUCGCGUCGCUCAUGCCGAAUGCGCCAUCCGUGUUGAAGGCGACAAAAUUGAGCAUUUAAUAGAAUCCUACGGAUUUGAUGCAAGGCUACCUGACGUCUUCGGUGUCUUGUCUGUCCCAGGUGCUAAUGCCAAAGAGGGACACAACAAAACCAAACACAUUCAGACCAAGAUGUGCUACGCUGGAUGCCACGGAAUUGUGUCGCCAAAACCGGUUUCCGAACUACCAUCCUCGACCACAGAAGAGCAACACCCAUGA